AUGGCUGAAAAAUUCGAAAUAAAUAAUGUCAUCGAUUUGGCUACACGGUAUAAAAUUUUUCAGAUGAAGUUGAUGGAGAUGUUGAAUACAGAAGGUGCUGAAGUCAAUAAGGAAAAAGUCAAGCAAAUAUCCUUGGAAUGUGGAUUACCAACACCAACAACAAAUUUUAAAUUAAAUCAAAACUAUUAUGAAGAAGAAUUCAAUGCAAGAAUAACAUCGAACAAUCACUAUACUCUCGGAAGUGUUGAUGAGGUAUUUGAACAAAAAAAUCAAGCUCAAUGUGAACAUGGUCUUGAACCUACUACUGAAAAUCCAGCUAAAGUUAUUGCACGAAUGCCACCAAUUUCACCACUAUUAGCAGGUGCUGAAUGUUUAGAAAUACAAAAUCAAGCUGAAGGUAGAAGACAAGUAACUGAAAGUAAAAUAUCAAUAAUGAUCUUCUACGGUUUCUCAAAUAGCAUUUUACGAAACAAUCGACUUUGGAUUCAGAUACUGCUUGGUGAUGAUAGAUCGACAAGUGGAAAUAAUACAUCAACGGAUGAUGAUACGACAACGAUUAUGGCAUCAACAAUAGCUUCAUCACUUAGUUCAUCAGAAUCGAUGACAUCAUUAGCAAGUGAUGCAUCGAGUAUUGACCUAGCGUCAACUUUACUUAUGAAAGAAUUACCUUGA